UUAUAUACUGCGUGUUGAUAUCAAUUCACCCUUCUUUGAAAAAGCAAGUCUUGGGGAACCUCAUCAACCUUAAGUCCGAUUUAAAUGAUAUAUCCCAGACCGAGCAGGCCUCUCACAACAUCCGUGACUCUAAGACUCAUAUUCUGUCGCUCAUACCAUCCCAACCAUUUGAAAAGAAUGCCUGACCAGCAAAAGAAAGAGAAAAGACCACCACUUACCCAUUUUCUCUGUCUCCCACUCGUCAACCCAGUAUCUCUUCCCCAGUUGGAAUCCUCUCUAGCAACAUUCAAAGCCUCUAUUCCCCGCCACGCACCCCGAUAUGGAGCACCAAAACAGCCACUCAUUCCCGACAGCGCGCUCCGGCCCGUCGGCACCCUACACCUAACCCUAGGUGUCAUGAGCCUCCCUACAAACGAACGCCUAAAUGAAGCCAUCAAAUUCUUCCAAUCGCUAGACCUAACCUCCAUAGCCCGCGAAGCGGAGGACAUCGCAAACGCUCGCGCCCGCGGGAAGCAAAGAAAUGCGCCAUCAGCCCCGGCUGUACAACAAUCACCUAGGCCGGGAACUAGGGAUGUAGUAAAUGGAGACCUAUCCCAUGAACGACCUAGUCCAAAUUCUCAAGCGGAUCCUAUCACUCUGGUCAAGGAUGCUCCAAGCCCGUUCACCAUCUCUCUUGAAUCUUUACAUGCGCUUCCGCGGGCAAGCGCCGCGACAGUUCUAUACGCGGCGCCGGUCGAUCCCACCGCUCGCUUGUAUCCUUUCUGCAAGAUACUACGCGGAAAAUUCCUAGAGUCUGGGUUCCUACAGGGAGAGCAGAAGAAAGAGCCCAGCCACGAAAACGGGGCCAAUGUGCCUUCGAACGGAAGCACACAGGCUGCUGGACAAUCUAUACCGUCGAAGCUGAAGAUCAGGCCGCUCUUGCUGCAUGCUACGGUGGCGAAUACGAUCUAUGUUCGUGGGAGGCCACGGGGUGAGGGCUCGCAGAGGGGUAGGGAUCGCGGAAAUACUCGAUUCACGUUCGAUGCACGGGAUAUCAUUUCCCACUACCGGGAUUAUUAUGUUGAUAGUGGUAGAGAGACGCCGCGAUCUGCUGUGGUUAGUGUUUCCAGAGGUGAUAUUGAGCAGGCUCAUGAGGAUCUAUCGGAGAAUGAGGACAGCCGCUCGGCUAGCGAGGGGAAUCCAUUUGUCUGGGCGAAGGACUUUCGCAUUGAAACGGUGUGUAUCUGUGAGAUGGGUGCGAAGAAGCUCGAUCCAGAGGGCGACAGUAAUGGGGUGAAUUCGCGCUUACAGGAGCAAUAUUUUUCUGUGGUGGAAAGGAGCUUGGACUUUAAAUCAUCCAGUUAGCAACGUAUUCGAGACGAUGGUAUGCCGGUGGAUGCGUGGAGCGACGAGGGCGAUGUAGAUAUUCCUUCGCUGUUAUAUACCCAGAAUACAGGCAGUUAAUGGACAUGAUUGACUUUA